CAUACACACACACACAGAGGCAGACACACACACACAGACGUACACACAAACAUAUAGAUGUUUAACCGUACACACGUACAUACGGCUGGCUCUCUACAUCUCUCGCUCGUUCUGUUUAGAAAGAAAAAGUCUCGCUAGGUCAGUGACGAGUCUGCUUUUGUUGUUGUGUUUUAGCUGUAGUCUUGUUAUAUAUAUUAAUUCCUCUAUUUAGCUGACAUGUCUAUGCUAACACGAACGGGUACAACAGUCAGAAAGCAUCGUCGCAGAUCGUUGGGCCGAGUAAAUAGCAGACGGGGUUCGGCUCCGACCAUACUGCAACAAUGCACGAGUCAGCAUACCCUUUUAAGGGUCAAUUCUGGAAAGAGGGCUUAUCUUACGCCGCAACCAUCGCCUUCAAAAAGCGUGUCGUUUACAUUUGACCCGGAGCGUAGGAACAAUGUCGCCGCUGUGGAUUCAAUGCGAAGGGGAUCCGUCCGUCUUUACGAGAAAAGACUAUCUGUCUCCAGAGAAGAAAGUCAGGAUCAAGCGACAGUUGGAACGAAAGAGGCGGCAGUCAUGGAGAAUGCGAUUGAAUUCCCUCCCGUCAAAGUUAUGUAUGGCACCACUGUCUAUUGGACAGAAAAUGUUGAAGCUGAACAGUCCUCCUCGUUCAUAUCCAGUAUGGGCGGAGCUUGCUCUGAAGCCUCUGGAACAUGUGACUUUAUUAGUCGUGCCUUCACCAUUAUCACAGGAACAUGGACGGUAACCGUGUUCAUAGGGGCUCUGCUGCUUCUGCCAUUACUAAUGAGUGCAAUAGGUGUGAAAUAUCUCGAUGAAUGUCCCAAGGAGCCAAAAAUACCAAUUUACCUUUUAGUCGGCGGAUCAUUUGGUGCCCUCAAAUUAGUACUUGUUUUGUGGCGUCAGGUCAAAUUUCACCGCUACGAAUAUGACGACCAUUUCACUGAUAGUGAAAAGUUUUUUUCAGCAUCACAUGUCACGCAAAUGUCACUGACAGUGUUUUUGGCCGUUUGGUUCGGCUUUGGUAAUUACUGGCUUUAUUCUAUCUGGAAACCACAUUUCCAGGCUCCGCUACAUGAACCUCGUAAUUGGUGCUCAGAAACAGUGUUUCGUUUCACAUUUUGGCAGCUACUGUCUUGUCAUGUUUUGGUUUGCUGCUCCAUCCUUUUGACAUUUGUUUUACUCAUAACCUACAGAUGUUACAAAAUUUGUAAAAUAGAAAAAAGCUAAUAUGAAACAAACUAAUAAUUACUUAUAAAAUGAAAAUGAAAAAUAAACAUCAACAGAACUAAUUCUCUCAGUUUUAAGAAGCUAACGAGAAGUAGGAGAAUGAAUAUCACUGAGAAAUAAGUGAUCUAUUGUAUAAUAACAAAAUGAACGAUUAACGACAAGAAACGACGUUAUGUCUAUCUGUCUAUCAAUUUCUGUGUGCACGUAUGUAUGCAUACAUGUAUGUAUGUAUGUAUGUAUAUAUACAUGCAUGUC